AUGCUGAUUAUUCAUCAUCUCGGUAUUUCGCAAUCAGAAAGAAUUGUUUGGUUAUACGAAGAAUUAGAAAUUCCCUAUCAACUUAUUCGUUACGAUCGUGAUCCUCAAACUCGUCUUGCUCCGAAAGAAUACAAAGAACGUCAUCCAACUGGAACAGCUCCUGUUAUUGUCGACGACAAUGUGAUAUUGGCAGAGUGUGGCGCAAUUAUUGACUAUAUAAUUUCCAAAUAUGGUAAUGAUCGUUUCAAGGUGAAACCUGAUAAUCCAAACUUUACCUACUAUUUACUCUGGUAUCAUUUUGCAAAUGGUUCAAUGCUGCCAGCUUUUCUUGUUGAUUUGGUUGUCAAAUUACUUGCUGGUGACACAGAUAAUUUCAAUACUAUAGUCGAGACAUUACAACAACGUGCUUAUCGUGCAAUGGAUCUAGCGGAAAGACGGUUAGGUACAAAUGAUUAUUUUGCUGAAAAUGAAUUCACUGCAACAGACAUUAUGAUGGUCUUCCCGUGGACAACAAUGCAGGCUUUUUCAACAUUUGAUCUGACCUCAUAUCCUAAUAUACGAGCCUAUUUAAAACGGAUUGGUGUACGUACCGGUUAUCAGCGAGCUAUGAAAAAGGGUGAUCCAGAUUUUACACCAUUGUUAGAUUAA